GACAUUCGGGCAAGAUGUGUGUGAUAAGUUCAGCACAUGAACUUGUGUCAUUGAGGAAGGUUACAUGAAUAUUGGUUUAUUCGGCACAACAGACGAAGACGUGUGGUGCACAAGCCUAAGGGGUUAGUAUUUCAGAUUUCUGGCAGGUGUUAAUUCUAUGAAUUAUGUUCAAACAAAUAUUCAGUAAGCUUCCUCGAAAGUCGUCUAAAUCCACUGAAUAUCGGGAACAAGGUGGAAGUGGAAGCCCUGCAAUUCAUUCAAAUGCUUCGUCUACCUACAGAAACAAUGAUCUUGGGAGCAGCAAGUCUGGAAAUUCUUCCGUAUUGGCAGCCCCUUAUUCUGCUUUAAAUGCAGGACAGCAUCAUGGUAACAGAGUUUCCCAGGCUGUGAAUGUAAAUCUGACAGGGAAUUCGGUGCCUCCCUCUUAUGAAGCAUUACCUGCGUUCAGGGAUGUUCCUAAUUCUGAGAAGCUGAACUUGUUUAUUAAAAAGCUGAAGAUGUGCUGUGUUGUGUUUGACUUCACUGACCCAACGAAGCACACCAAAGAAAAGGAAAUUAAGCGGCAGACCUUGGUAGAAAUGGUAGACUAUGUGACUUCUGCCAGUGGUAAGUUCCCAGAAAUUGUAAUACAAGAAGUUGUAAAAAUGGUGUCUGUAAAUAUAUUCAGGACGCUUAGUCCUCAGCCGCGCGAGAACAAGUUUGUUGAAGCCCUAGAUGUGGAGGACGAGGAGCCUUCCAUGGAUCCUGCUUGGCCUCACUUGCAAAUUGUGUAUGAGCUUUUUCUAAGAUUUGUGGCAUCACCUGAGCUGGAUGCUAAGUUGGCUAAAAGAUAUAUUGAUCAGUCCUUCAUAGUGAAGCUUUUGGAUUUGUUUGACUCUGAAGAUCCUAGAGAACGGGAAUAUUUAAAAAUGACUCUGCACCGCAUUUACGGGAAAUUCAUGGCUCAUCGCCCUUUCAUCAGGAAAGCUAUCAAUAACAUCUUUUAUCGUUUUAUUUUUGAGACAGAGAAGCAUAAUGGAAUUGCUGAAUUUUUGGAAAUUCUGGGGAGCAUCAUCAAUGGUUUUGCACUACCAUUGAAAGAGGAGCAUAAACUGUUUCUUGUUCGUGUACUUAUUCCCCUGCACAAACCAAAAUGCUUAGCUAUGUACCAUCAACAAUUGUCUUAUUGCAUUACCCAAUUCGUGGAGAAAGAUUGCAAGCUUGCUGAUACCAUUAUCCGGGGAUUGUUGAAGUACUGGCCAAUAACAAAUAGUUCAAAAGAAGUGAUGUUCCUGAGUGAGUUAGAAGAAGUCUUGGAAGCAACUCAAUCUCCAGAAUUCCAACGUUGUAUGGUGCCAUUGUUUCGCCGGAUAGCACAGUGUUUGAAUAGUUCACAUUUCCAGGUAUGGUGUUUCAAUGUUUUGCUCCUGUUUGUUUCACCUCAUCAUGAUUCUAAGUGGGCAUUACAGUUAAGUUUUGAUGGGGGUUUACAUUAGCGAUCUCUGUGAUCC